GCGAACAGCCUCCCGGGCGGGCGCUUCCUACCUCCGCUGCCGCCCGGGGCCGGCGGGAACCCAGGGCGGUGCCGGGCAAGAGAAGGCCCGGUUCGAUUUCGGAUCCGCCGCGAGAUAAGCAGCUAAGCUGCCAAGAUGCCGGGCCCAAGACGUCGGAAGGGUCCUCAGGCCGGUGGCCAGGGUGUGGCAGCUGCCAAGCAGCUGGGGCUCUUUGUGGAGUUCAACCCUGAGGACAUGCUGCUGGGAAUGGAAGAGGCCGAAGAUGACAGGGACCUGGAGGCGGAGCUGCUGGCCCUCACUGGAGAGAAAGGGACACCAGGCAGGAAGCCAGCACUGAAGGGGCAGGCCCCCCUGCCCAUGGCCCACAUCGAGAAGUUGGCGGCAGACUGUAUGCAGGAUGUGGAGGAGGAGGAGGAGGAGGAAGGGCUGGAGGAGGAUGCAGACCUUCUGACUGAGCUGCAGGAGGUCUUGGGUACAGAGGAGGAGGAGGCUGGGACCCUGGAUGGCGACGAGGCAGCCAGCCCAGGCGGCCCUGAGGAGGAGAAGGGGCAGGAAAGUGUUGACCCUCCAGUGCCGACAGCCCUCCUAACAGCACCAGUCCCAGCAGCUCAGGCUGAAAGGCCUGAGGGGCUGCAGGCCCUGCUGGAGGAGCGGAUCCACAACUACCGGGCAGCAGCAGCCAGUGCCAAGGAGGCAGGGGAAGCAGCCAAGGCGAGGCGCUGUGAGCGUGGCCUCAAGACUUUGGAAUCCCAGCUGUCUGCUGUGAGGAAAGGCAGGAAGAUCAAUGAAGAUGAGAUCCCGCCUCCAGUCGCCUUGGGCAAGAGGCCUCCUGCCUCCCAGGAAGCAGCCAGCAGGAACCCUGAGGCAGAUCCCCCAGGGCCCCCAGCCGUGGAGCCAGACAUCUCAUCCCAGCCUGAGACAAGCCCUCUGGGAAGCCCUGGCAUUUUUGCCCCACUGGAUUCAGAUCCAGACCAGCGGGCUCUGCUGUCAGCCCGACAGCGAGAGUACAAGGUGGCUGCCCUCAGUGCCAAACGGGCUGGAGAUCUGGAUCAUGCCCGAGAGCUCAUGAGGAUUGGGAAGAGAUUUGGUGCAGUCCUGGAGGCCUUGGAGAGGGGGCAGCCUGUGGACCUGAGUGCCAUGCCCCCAGCACCUGAGGACCUGAAGCCACAGGCCUCCAAGGCCCCCACAGCACCUGUAGUCGUACCCCCAGGAGUGGAGCGAGUACAGCCAGUGAUGGCCCCUGAGGCGCCAGCAACCCCAGCGGCCCCUGCAGAGCCGCAGACAGUGCUGGACGCCCUGCAGCAGAGGCUGAACAAGUACCGGGAGGCAGGCAUCCAGGCCCGGGGCAAUGGGGAUGAGCGCAAGGCCCGGAUGCAUGAGCGCAUCGCCAAGCAAUAUCAAGAUGCUAUUCGGGCACACCGAGCAGGACGGAAGGUUGACUUUGCUGAGCUGCCUGUUCCUCCAGGCUUUCCCCCAAUCCCUGGCCUGGGGCCCACUAAGGGCACUGCGGAGGAUGUGGUGGCAGCUACUCUAGCAGCUGCCCAGAAACUGGCCACGUCAGAGGAUACAGCCCCAGCAGAGGAAGAUGAGGAGGACGAGGAUGAGCCCCCAGCCCAGGCCCCAGUGGCAAAGAAGCCAGCACAGCCUCUGGUCCCUUCAUCCCGGCCACCGCCUGAGCCCAAGGCCUCGAGUUCUAAGGAGUCACUGAGUCCAUCUGGUGAGUUGGGGAGAAGAGGAGUGAAGGGUCUGGUGAGGAGCAGGCAUGGCCCCAACCAGUGUCCUUUCCCAUUAGUGAGGGAGCAGCUGGUGCUGCUAGAGGCACGGAAACUACAGUACCAGCGGGCAGCCCUACAGGCCAAGCGUGGCCAGAACCUGGAGCAGGCCAAGGCCCAUCUGCGGGUGGUCAAAGGCCUUGAGGCCCAGAUCCUCCAGGCCCGGGCUGGCCGCCCUGUCAGCCUCUCCAAGGUGCCUUCACCCUUGACGGAUGAGGAGGGUGACUUCAUCCUCAUCCACCACGAGGACCUGCGAAUCUCCCAGAAGGCUGAGGAGGUGUAUGCCCAGCUACAAAAAAUGCUUCUGGAGCAGCAUGAGAAGUGCCUGCUAUUCUCCAAGCAGUUCAUGCACCAGGGCAAUGUAGCUGAGACUACGCGGUUUGAGAAGCUUGCGCAGGACCGCAAAAAGCAGCUUGAGAUCCUGCAGCUGGCCCAGGCCCAGGGCCUUGACCCUCCCAGCCACCAUUUUGAGUUGAAGACAUUCCAGACUGUAAGGAUCUUCUCAGAACUCAACAGCACAGAAAUGCAUCUGAUCAUUGUCCGGGGAAUGAACCUCCCAGUUCCUCCAGGAGUGACCCCUGAUGACUUGGAUGCCUUUGUGCGGUUUGAGUUCCACUACCCUAACGCGGACCAGGCUCAAAAACACAAAACAGCUGUGGUGAAGAACACAAACUCUCCAGAAUUUGAUCAACUCUUCAAACUAAACAUCAACCGAAACCACCGGGGCUUCAGGAGGGUGAUCCAAAGCAAAGGAAUCAAGUUUGAAAUCUUCCACAAAGGGUCCUUCUUCAGAAGCGACAAGCUGGUCGGCACAGCCCACUUGAAGCUGGAGCGGCUGGAGAAUGAGUGUGAGAUCAGAGAGAUUGUGGAGGUCCUGGAUGGAAGGAAACCCACUGGGGGGAAGCUGGAGGUGAAGGUGAGGCUGCGGGAGCCUCUGAGCGGCCAAGACAUGCAAACGGUCACUGAGAACUGGCUGGUCCUGGAGCCCAGGGGCCUGUGAGCUGCCGUACUAGCCUUCCUGCUUCCCAAAGGAGAGAGUGGAGGAGGAAAGUAUUUUCGAUACUACUUAGUGAAGUAAACGGAAGGUUGUAUCUCGGGUUUGGUCCAUGCACCUAAGACUAAAAGACUGUUAACU